GGCGUAAUUUGAUGCGUUUCGGGCUAUUUGCAGUGUAGCUAAAAUUAAAGAAAUUCAGAAAACCGAAUACAGUUCAUAAGUAAGUGUUAGCUUAGUAAAAACUGCGCGUGAAUAGUGAGGCAACAAACAGUGACACCGUGUAUGCUUUGUGAUCGUGAUCCGUCAGGGGAGGCUUAUCGUGUGCUGGGUGCUGGGUUGUGUGCAAAAGUGCGUCUAGAAGGCUCGCUCGGGUGAAGGGCGCGCUAGCGAUAGGUUUGAUCUUCGACGUCGGCAGAGUGAACAUACACACACAGACGACAACCCUUGAGGGUAGUUUCUUGUUCGACCCGUGACAACCGGGCUAAUUAGUAGUGGAAUUGUGCAUUCACCGAGAGCUGUGUGCAGUUGUGGAAUAGUUGCUAGCUAGUGUACCUCCGCUCGAGAAUCGAGAAUGUUGCAGUCCAAGAGAAGCCGUCGGCCUUAGGCUAGCUCAUUCUGUAUACGUGUAUGUGUGUGUGUAAGUGGGCCAGGUGUAUAAGUGUAUUGUGCCACUCCUAAACUCCUACUCUUUUGGAGAACUACUCGAAGAUUCGUCCGAGGUCCUCCCUGGAAAAGAAAAGAAAGAAGGUUCCCAGUGAGUUGAUGUGGCGCUAGGUGUCCUGACACCAACACCUUUGUGUUUGUGACAACAGUGUGAUCCAGUCUGUGAUCUAUUCGACCUGCCCGAGAGGUUGUGCUUGACCAUCUGUGGUGUGGUACGGCGAGUGUGCUGAGUGCGGUUGGCCGGUUCGAGCGCAAUGGCAGUAUCCUGCCCGGAAGUUAUGUACGGUGCAUACUAUCCUUAUUUGUACGGCCGUGCCGGACCCAGUCGACCAUUUUAUCAGUAUGAAAGGUUCAAUCAAGAUCUUUACUCAUCGUCCGGUGUGCCGUUGGCCGCAUCGUCUAGCACCUCGGCCGGAUCGCACUCACCGUGCAGUCCGCUGCUACCUCCGUCGCUACCGUCGAACGUGGCGGCCGCGGCAGCCGCUGCCCAGUCCAGCUCGGCCCUUACCUCCUCGGCGACGGUUACCUCCGUCAACCAGACCGCCAUACCGACCAUCCCGCUAGGUGCACUGCAGAGGCACAUUACCAAAGAGGAAGACAUCAGCACAGCCCGAAGUGACACGGAAGGAACCAUAUCCGGUGCGCACAACGAUAGCUCGUGCUCUUCCGGCCCUGACUCACCGCACAAUCUUAACCAGCAGCAGACGGAUGCGAGCGGGUUGGCGGCGGCCGCAGCCGUGUCCGGCGGUGGCAGCGGUGAAUCGUCCGGCGGCGGCGGCGGCGGUCUAAUGGCCGGCGGUGGAAGCGGAAAUGGCCGGGCACAGUACGUGUCGGCGACGUGUGUCGUGUUCACGCACUACUCGGGCGAUGCUGCGAGCGUGGUGGACGAACACUUUUCUAGGGCGUUAAAUUUUAGCGAUAAGAAUAAUAAAGGAUACAGCUCGAUGUCCAGUAGAAACUUCCCUCCCUCAUUCUGGAACAGUAACUACGUUCACCCCACACCUGCCCCAACGCAUCACCAGGUUUCCGACCUUUACUCCACCGACGGUGGUUAUUCGGCGGAUCCGUGGCAUGCGGCCCACUACGGCUCGUACGCACACGCAGCCCAUGCGCAUGCCGCACACGCCCACGCGUACCACCACAAUAUGGCGCAAUAUGGCAGCUUACUGAGGUUACCGCAACAGUACGGACACACGUCCAGGUUACACCACGACCAACAGACGGCACACGCGUUAGAAAGUGCAGCGGCGUACACGAGCUAUCCAACGAUGGCAGGAUUAGAAGCCCAGGUACAGGAAUCGUCGAAGGAUUUGUACUGGUUCUAGAUUAGUCAAACGUGGUGCAAAAGCGUUCAUUUGCAUCAACAACCAACACGAGAAAGUCGCGUUCGCUAGUUACAACAGUAAAGAACCUUCUUCUUUAGAAAAUACAAAAAGGAAAACCCCGGAGAAGAAAACAGGAAAACCAGAAGGAUAUAUACAAAGAAGAUGCAACCUUAUACAUUUGUAAGCAAGAGCAAAUGCGUGUUUUUUCGGUACAAAAACAUAAAUGUAAAAGAAAGCAAAGCAAAGUGCGCGACACAAAAAAAAGGAAGGAUAGUGAGGAAUAGAUCAGUGAAGAGAAGAUGGAAAGCAUUCAAAUGACACACACACACUCGUUGGGCGAAAAAUCUAAUCGACUGAAGGACACAACAAAACCCGGAGGGCGAGUUUUGGUGCUUAUUUUGUACACACGGCACCAUUUAACCCUGUGUAUAGUAGAGAUAAUAUCUAGAGCCUAGAAUUCUGCGAGAGCCUACGAAAUUCGUCUCCGGAAUGUGGGUGUGCAAAUGUGCUUUUGUGAGUGGAGCACCGAAACCGACACAAAAAAAAAGUCCUUUGCGCUGUGUAUAACGACCCGGCAUGUUAGUAGUACGUAAGCAUCCAUAGCACAGGAAGGAAAUGUAUAAUCAAAAUCGAAUGAGCUCGAUCAUGACGACGACAGUUGAGUUUGAAAAGACAAGUGUAGGAAAAAUAAGUGACGAACUAGCUGUAAGGACUGUGGUUAUCUCUCCUUAAGACACGCACAUCCACACAAGAAAAGAAAAAAAAAACCAAACCGUGCGUGAAAAUAUUGUUUUCAGCUUUUUUUAAAUUUCUGUGCGUGACUUUUUUACCAACACUUCGAAUGACGGAGGGACAGUUAAGGACUAAAUGUGUUAAGUGUUUUAAGUUUCCUUGUUUUUUCGCUGCACUUAAAUUUGAUUAAAUCGGCGUUGAAGCAACUCUUUUCCUUUAUUCAGACUUUUUCCCAUAAAAGAAAUGGGAGCGUCAGAAAUGAAUUGAUAUGUGUUUGUGUUAUUUUUCAACCACGGUAAAGUAAUCAAGCAUUGUAAAGGGCAAGAAAAAAAAACACGUUAACUUUGUGCAUAAUUACAACACGGGCGGCUAGUUAUUUGAGAUUGAAUUUUUGAAUUUAAAAAUAAUCGAUUGAUAAACGCCUCACAACGUACCGUACACUGAGGGAGGGAACGGGAAUUGUAAGUUUGUCUAAAAGUUGUACCACUUUCACAUAGCAAAAACGAAACCUUAUCGUCGUAUUUUUUAGUAUCUGAACGAGGUGUUCAGGUGCUCAGAAGUGAUUUAGUUAUUUUAAUUGUAUAAAAAAAAACCCGACCGCAGUAAAGGAAAUCAAAAUCACCAAUCAUCAUCCUUUCUACACAAUAGUAAGAAAACUGAAUAACUGAAUAAAAACCAUAUAGAGGAGCCCAUUUUUCUGAAGAUACACGAUAGUAAGGGGUUAAGGUAAACGAAUGAUAGUUGGAACGGCGAAGAACGCACUCUCGAACUUAAACUGUCACCACACACACAAACACACGAAACUAUACAUAUUAUAUAUACAUACACAUACACACAAAAUUAUCACUCAUCCAAAAUGUGCAAGUAUAUAAGAACGAGAAAUAAAUGAAGAAAGAAAAAAACAACCAACAAAAACUGUUCGGAAA